CGAGGCGGUUGCAAGCUCGGCUUACGAGUCGCUCGGAAAAUCAUCAAUAGUUGCCGUGGCCUGGACAGUAAAGGGAAAGUUUAGCCAAGAGUCGGCCAGUCUGCCAGUCUGCCAAGAAUUAGCCACCGAUAAGCGACUAACAUAUAUAUGGCCAAAGAAGUCUAUGUCUAUGUGGUUAGUAGAAAGUUUCGCUCAAGUGUUGUUAAGUGCUCCAAAGUUGGCCGUGAUAGUUAAGUGCGCUCGUAACUGAAUCUCGGCCCAUUCGGUGUUGCCUCCUCACACGUUGGUAUUUUUCGGAAAAGUUUUUCUUGGCCCUUGAUGCUCACUUCUCCAUUCUAAACUCUAUCCCCGGCCUGUCAAAAUGUUUUGGCCCGAACUUUUCGUGCAGUAGGCCGCCAACAAUUGAAGUUUUGACAACAAAAUUUAGUUAAGCAAAGCUGCCGCGGUUUCAUAUUCUUUUCCGGCUGAACUGCAGAGUGACGAAGGUUGUGCAACAAAAAAAAAAAAGAAUUGCCCUGCACUUUUUGCAGACUUUCGAUCCGUGUUUGGUUAACUACGUGAAACUCCAUCAAAGCGAACAGAUUGAACGUGUGAUGUGAAUGCCCUGCCAUGGAUCUUAAGACCGGCUCUCUCCUCGUGGCGCCCGCCGUGAAGAACUCCAGCUGCUCGCAUCCGCGCUACUCGGGCCACAACUUCAUCGCCCACAUUGGGAUCGCGGAAACCAUCGAGGCGGUACUGAUUCUGGUCCUGACACUGGGCGUCAUCGGGGCCAACUGCCUGGUCAUCUUCGUCAUCAACAAUCGCCGCUAUGCGGCCUACAUACACCAACAGCCCCGCUAUCUGCUCACCUCGCUGGCCCUGAAUGACCUGACAAUUGGUCUGUUAAUUACACCAUUCGGUCUAAUGCCGGCAUUGUUUCACUGCUGGCCGUACGGAGAGAUCUUCUGCCAGAUACAGGCUCUGCUACGCGGCGCGCUUUCCCAGCAGAGUGCCGUUAUCCUCGUUUGCAUGGCCGUCGAUAGAUAUAUGUGUGCUCUGCAUCCGCGACGCUAUUACCAGCACUCCAGCAAAAAGGGCUGUGUGGCCAUACUGAGCUUAACCUGGAUUAUCAGUCUGACGGUAUUUGGCUUUCUGGUCCUGCCCAAAGGUUACUACUUCAACAAUACGGGUCUAAUGGCCUGCGAGCCCUUCUACAGCAAGCCCUCGUAUAGGAUAUUGUCGACGUGCGCCCUCUACUUUCCCACGACGAUGGUGCUGAUGUACUGCUACGGCUCCAGCUUCCACAUGAGCCGCUUCCGGCUGAACGAUCCGACCAUGCCGCUCACGGCCGCCGCCCACCACCCACACCCCCAUCCACAUCCCACCGCCGCCCAGCAGCUCCAGAUGCAUCAACACCACCAGCAGCAGCAUCAGCAUCAGCAGCAUCAGCAGCAGGUUCAACACCAUCAGCAGGCGGGAUUGCACUCUCACCUCUACCACGGCCACUCGCACCAUCCACAUCAUCCAGGCCACCCUAGCCACCCUAACCACCCUAGCCACCCGCACCACCAUGGCCAUCCCAUGGGCCACCUCGGCAUGGCCAUGAGCAUGGGCAUGGGACUGGCCGGCAUGCCGAACAUGACAAACAAGAUUACCAAAAAGAUUGUUCCCAUCCAGGAGAAGAACUCGAGCGGAUCCACCUCACGUUCGAUGGCUGCCAUCUCGCUGGGCUUCAUUGUGAUGGUCACUCCGUGGACGAUUCAGGAGAUAGUCACUGCCUGCACUGGAUCCAAGUUGCCGCCGUUUCUCGAUUUCCUGGUCACCUGGACAGCGUUGAGCAAUAGCUUGUGGAACCCCUUCAUGUACUGGCUGUUGAACUCCGAUUUCCGCCGUCUGAGUCGCCAACUGAUGCCAAACAAAUGUUUCCCCCAUGAGGAUACGCCCGAGCACAAAUCAGGCUGUUGUCACAUCAAUGCUAACGAUUUCGAAAUCACAACGCUUCCGAUUCCCCCGGAACCGCCCUCAUCCCGCCCACCACCAGGAGGAGGAGGAGGAGGAGGAGGAGUAGGAGUUGGUUCAGCUAGUGGAGGAGGAGCUUCUAGUGGAGUCGGUGGAGUGGCCAGUUCGAUUGGUGGCUCCGUUCUGGGCAUUUGUGGACGCUCGCGGGCCAACAGUUUGAGUCGCAGUGCCUCACAGUACAUACGCGGCACAAUGGGCGGCGGAUUGCAUGGCCACCAGGCCACGGAGGCCUUCGCCACCACGCGGCCCGACAUCGAGGGCCUGUCCGAGAAGUACUGGGGCGAGAUCCUGGAGCGGACCGUCAGCUCUGGCAACCUGAGCGCCAUGCAGAAGAACCUGCCACCGCACCUGCCCUACACCCACCCCCACCACCUGGUGCACCAGCUGCACCAGCCGCAGCAGCACCACCAGCAGCAGACCACCUCCUUCAGCAAGGCCAGCGAUCUGCAACUGGAUCUGAAUCUCAGCCAGGCAGCCACUGCCGCCGAACUGGGCAAAUUCUCCAAUUCGGAGCCCAAGUUGUGUGAGCACCUCUUCCACGACGUGAACUGUGCCAAGAGCAAGGCCGCCAAUGGCGGAGGAGGAGGUGCCCUGGAUGGCGAAUCAUCCAUGAAGCUGACCUGUGGACGCAGCAUUCCGGACAUUUAGUACGCAGAGGAUGUGAUCUUGGCCAAGAGCCAGCUGCUGGCUCGCCAGUCGCAGAAGUGCUCGCACCAUCCGCUGCACCAGCAGGCCAAGAUGCGGACCCAUUCGCACACGGGCAGUCUGCGGUUCUCAAGAAUUCGCGCCGCCUGCCACAGUCCGCCGCCUGAGAAGUCCGGCUUUCCACUGGCCGAGUACCGCAAGUAGGAUGGAUGGGUUACGCCCUACCGAUGGGCAUUAAAUUCCCCGAAAUAAAGAAGAACUAGGGAGUGAGAAUGAGUAGUAUCUCUAAGAUUCCAUAGGUGUAUGUGCGUGUGAGUGUCUAUAUAAUAUCGCAUGAGCAAACCAUAAAAUGUGUGUUGUCUAUUAGGCCUAAGAACUGGAAGAUCACAAGGGGUAGGUCGGGUUUUUUAGUUCCAUUAACUUAUUAUUUGAUACCCAGAGAAAAACAAGCGCAAAUCCAAAUCACUUUGAAAUACAUAUUUUCCGUACAGAUUAAAAUAAAAGAUUAAAUUUCUAAUUUUUCGUUUGACUAUUUUGGGAUUU